AUGCCUUUCACCGCCUCAGACAUCUGCAAGAUCAUCUUCGCCGUCAUCCUGCCUCCUCUGGGUGUCUUCCUGGAGCGCGGAUGUGGUGCCGACGUGCUCAUCAACAUCUGUUUGACCAUCCUGGGUUACAUUCCUGGUAUCAUCCAUGCCCUAUUGUCUCGGAUAGCCAUCUAUCCUCUCAUCUGCAUCAGGUCUUGCCGCAGUAUGCUUUUAGCCUGUGGGGGAUGGCGAAGUAGUGUUCUCCUCGUUGCUUCCGUAUUUGUUGGCCUCGCCCAGAUAGCUGUCGCCGAUUGCAAGUCUUCAGGGAACGACCAGUGGCUCGCCCGAGAUAUCCCCAGCUGCGCGCUAUCCUGUGUCAAGCAUUUCAUCCAAUCCGAAUUCAACACCGGAUCUUGCUGCGAUGGCACAUCGCGCUCCUGUCUCUGUCGAACCAAUAGCACGAGUGGGCUCACCCUGGGGGAAGUGGCACUGGCCUGUACAUACGGAUCUUGCUCGGAUGAUACCAUUGACAACGUCACGUCUAAGGUGUAUACCAUAUGUAAUGAUGUGAAUGGAGCGCUCCCUGAAACGCACGCGACUAUCACUGCAACGAGAGUGCCAGAAAUUGCAUCAAUCUCUAGCCCCCUUGUCACUUCAUCGCCUCUUACAGCCACCCGGCCUUCAAUUACUUCAUCGCCUCCAACUACCAAGCCUUUGACAUGGACAUCCCAAACCACUCUUGCCACAAGUACUUGGGUCAGCAACACCCAGAUUAUCCCGCCUGUUACAACAUUCUCGACGCCAGCUAUCCCAAGCCCCACAACAUCUUUGGCAAACAACACCUCGACAGCAGCGUCUUCCGCCUCUGCCACUGCGCCGCCUUCAUCAUCUGGUCUAGGUUCGUCUGCCGUCAUCGGGAUAUCGGUGGCAUCCGGAGUUUCUGCCAUUUUCUUGGUCUCAGUCGCAGUAUUUCUGUGCGGGAAAGAACUGAGACGUCGCAAGCUACAUGCGCAGGCCAACGAGGGGUUUGAGAUUGGAGGCGACAUGAGUGAGCCUCCCGAUUUCUACUCGCGCAUGUCGCCAAACCCACCGCAUCCAUUUCCUACACUAGGAGGAGGCGCGGUCUCAGUGAACUCCGGUCCAAACUUCCACCAAUUCCCCACGCAGCCGGUCGCUCGAAAUGGACCGCUCCAAAUAAUCACCCCUACGCAGGGGAUCGGGAUUGGGGGUGCUGGCUUCACUCCGAAGAUGGAUUACGAGGACUCGCCCCAAAGUCAAACUUCGCAGCAUACGCUGUCUCAGCUGCUUCCUAGCAAUCCAACCACACAAGGACUGUUCCCGGAGCCUUUGACUAUCAUCCGCUACGGUCCACAGUUACAACCGCGCCUGCGCCCAUCGAGCGAGGCAACGAUGAUUGAUGAGGAAGGCGCACGGCAGAAGAGCGUCUUUGGGCCGCCUCUUGAUCAGCCACAAUCCCAUGCUCGGCAAGUCUCGGAUGGUGCGCCGAAUGGGCGACGCCCUGUAGGGCUUCCAGCGAACCCUCGACCAACGAUACGCCCUGUCGGAGGGAGGGGAAAAGAACACACAUUGCGCAUGGGCGGCAAGCUUUACAGGUGGGAAACACCUGACGAUGUUGGAUUACCGCCAACUCCACCUCCAAAGAGUGAUGGCAGCAUUCAAGUGGGACGUGCUGUCACGAGAUACUCUACCUCUCUCCAAGGGCCUCGUUCAUCUCCUGUCAAACCUGGUACGGGCAACAUGCAACUACAAAGGAAUUUCUCUAGACUUGGAAGCGGUCUUCGCUCCAUGAGCCGGAUCUCACGGACACUUGAAGAACCGAACGCAGCCUCCCACUCUAGAGAGAGAGACCCGCCUGUUGAAAACAAUGAGAUAGUAGGAUAUAAUGAUGAUGAUGAAUACCACAGGCUGGGGCGCUCUCCUGUGAAAUAUCCGACAAUGCCUCGUUCUGCCGCCGUGGCCCCGGUUGCAGAAGCGCUGCCUGCGCCGCGAGCAGCCCUCUUGUACGAGAGAUCACAGCCAGACGGUUCGAGCGGUUCACCUGUCAAAGGCCUCUUCAACAUACCGCUCAUCAUAGAUUCUCCUUCGCGGUCUCGAUCCAGCAGCCCUAGUGGUUUGCUGGCGAAAAGACGUGGCGAGAGAAUGGCUGAGAGGAUGGAAAGCCAAUUUCGCAUUGGCGUCCAGAAUACUCAGGGGCUGCCCACACAGCAAACUCGAGGACGUCCGAGGUGGAACGUUCGAAAAGUCGGCCCAGAUCCAGUAUCUGUGGCUGGAUCAAUCACUCCUGGGACACCCCAGGAUGGAACCAAACCGCCUCAGAAACAUAACAUUACUCCUACACGAAGAGGCGAAGACCUCUACCUGAGUGUCGACUAA